GCGGGACCGCCCCUCUGACGGGAGCCGCGGCCCGCCUUCCGCCGGCACAGCCACCGUCAUGGCGAAGGAGCGGGAUCUCUGCUUCUACCGGCAGCUACCCAAAGUGGAACUUCAUGCUCAUUUGAAUGGCUGUAUUAGUACUACCACAAUGAAGAAACUUAUGGCCCAGAAGCCAUACCUUCAGAUCCAGAAUGGAAUGACUAUGAUUGACAAAGGAAAGAAAAGAACCUUAGAGGAAUGUUUUCAGAUGUUUCAAAUUAUCUAUCAGAUUACCACUAGGACUGAAGACAUUUUACUGAUAACUAAGGAUGUUAUUAAAGAAUUUGCUGAUGAUGGUGUCAAGUAUCUGGAACUGAGGAGCACUCCUAGAGAGGAAAAAUCCACAGGAAUGACCAGAAGGAUGUAUGUUGAAACUGUACUUGAGGGUAUAAAGCAGUGCAAAGAAGAAGGCUUGGAUAUAGAUGUAAGAUUGUUAAUAGCAAUAAACAGAAGAAGUGGCCCAACAGUUGCUAAACAGACUGUUAAACUUGCUGAAGAGUUCCUUCAUUCCACUGAUGGGGUUGUAGUAGGACUUGACCUCAGUGGAGAUCCUACUGCAGGACAUGGUCAAGAUUUUUUGGAACCACUGUCAGAGGCAAAAAAAGCAGGUCUAAAGCUGGCAUUGCAUCUUUCAGAGAUUCCAAAUCAAGAAGAGGAGACCAGAAUUCUCCUGGGCCUGCCUCCUGACAGAAUUGGUCAUGGAACAUUUCUUAACUCUGCCACAGCAGGCUCAGAAGAGUUAGUCUCACUUGUUCGACAGAAUCACAUACCUCUUGAGCUUUGCAUGACAUCAAACAUCAAAACUCAGACAGUGCCUUCUUGUGACAAACACCAUUUUGGCUACUGGUACAACAUUGGCCACCCUGCAGUGCUUUGUACUGAUGAUAAAGGCGUCUUUGCAACAGAUCUAUCACAAGAAUAUGAGCUGGUUGCAAAAACAUUUGAUCUGACCCGAUCGCAGAUGUGGGAUCUUUCCUAUGAAUCAAUCAACUAUAUCUUUGCUUCAAGUGUAGUAAAAUCGAAGCUAAGGCAACAGUGGAGUAAACUGAAGCCAGCUUUGUUUGAUUAAUCAAACUCCUUCUAAACAGCUUGGAUCUACUAGCUUAGUUAAUAAUCUUUUUUUACUGAAGUCCCAGGCUUUUUUCAGACUUCAGGUUUAUAGAUAUAGCCCAUAAACUGUGCCUGUGCAAAAUGAAAACAAGAGGAGUGCAUCCUUUCUUAGUGGGGACAGAAGAAAACGUUCUUUCAUAGUUGAGGAUUCUCAAUCAGUGAGUAAAGUUCCAGAUGUG